UGGCCUUGGUGUCCCCGCAGUUUGGUCUGCACGUAAAGAAUGCAGCCAUCUGGCGGUUUGCGGUCCCUGGACUUGCCCCGAAGGUGGGAAGGAAGCCUUUCGGAUUGGACUGAGGUUUUAAUCAUCGCGGGUAGGAGGCGGGAGGACAUGCAGGGCCUUAAAAACAGUCCUCUCCGAGAACAAAGAAUUACGGAGCACCCACAAAUCGUAAUCUCGCCCAAAGUACUCUAACAAGAUAAUUUAAACACGGCUAGGUAGCCUGCGACCUUUUAAAAAACGUGGCAUUCCACUAACCUGCAUGGACUCCAUAGUUGCAUGGUAACACAAUCAUGGGUGGUUUCAGCUCUCUUAGUACAGAAACUAAUCAGCAACAUAAAGUGAUGAGAUAUACUAAGCAUAUCAGUGGCGUUAAAAAUGGGGUCUUAUUUGUAAAGUAUUGAAAGUUUAACGAGAAUUCCUUAAAAGGCAAUUAUUUUCCCACUGCACUGCUCUUGUAGCUUAAUUUAAGGAUUACUGUAUAUUGAUGCAAAACUCUGGUUGUUGCUGCCAAAGAAUGGAAGGGUGGAUGAAGGGACGACUGCUUUUCUUGGAUACAGAUUUGCAUUUCUUCAAACAUUAAACAGAUGUAUGCAUUCCCUUGAGCUUUUACAUAUCUCAUAACCUGCCCUUAAGAAAAUAUAUACCAUAUGAGGUGAUACUGUUUUUCUUUAGUGUAUUGAAUCUAAAUAUAUACUGACUGAACUGUGCGUGAGUGAUUGUGCUGUGGUGUGGUGUGGCUCCCGUCCCCAUCCCCCAUUCCAAGCAAAAUACAUACCUACCAAUAUAUAUAUAUAGCUCCUAUAUUUUAAGUGUUCUUAGGAUUCUUUUUUUUUUUUUUCAAAGACAACCUUAAAUAACAUUUCUAGCUACAGGGAAGGAAAUUUCUGGGCACUUCUGGGGUUGUAAAGUACACUAUUUGAAAAGAAAUUAGAAAUUACUUUUAAUACUAUAGCAGAUGUCAGACAGUCUUUGCUGCCUGGACAUUUAAUGACAUUCUAAAAAUUCAAUUCAGUGGUUACAGUUUUUUCUGCUAUUUACUAGAUUUCAUGCUUGAGUGCAUAUCAGUAUUUCUUCUCCCUUUAAAUUAACACUGAAAGGACAUGUUUUGGCCUCCCCCCACCCCCAUCGCCAUUUAAUUGUUUCAUUUGAAAAAAGAAAAAGAGCAAAUGAGAAAAGGUUGUAACAUUGCAAUUGAUACUCAUUUAUUCAGCUAUUUAUGCCUUACACUGAGACUUUAGUGCUAUUCAGAUGCAAUUUUGGUCCAAAAUGGUGGUGCUUCAAAAUUAUAAAUAAGGGUCUUGAUAGUGUUGUUUUUUUUAUGUUCUCUGUGUAGCAUAUAUCUUCUUUCCAGUAUAAUCUGAGAUACUUAAUUUAAAAGCAUUAUAUUCAGAGGUACAUUUUUCCCCUUUUGAGCUUUAGAACACCUCACUCUUGCUCUGAAACAUUAAGAAAACCAUCACCAAAAAAAAGUUGGUUGCAAUUGGGCAAAGAUUCGACACCUUUUUAGCCAGUUGUUCUUGAGCACCACUUACAACACAGUUCUGACAGUAUUUCAUGACAAUGGAUGGUGACAGUUCUACAACAGAUGCUUCUCAACUAGGAAUUUCCACAGACUACAUUGGAGGAAGUCAUUAUGUUAUACAGCCUCAUGAUGAUACUGAAGACAGCAUGAAUGAUCAUGAAGACACAAAUGGUUCAAAAGAAAGUUUCAGAGAACAAGAUAUAUAUCUUCCAAUUGCCAAUGUGGCUAGGAUAAUGAAAAAUGCCAUACCUCAAACGGGAAAGAUUGCAAAAGAUGCCAAAGAAUGUGUUCAGGAAUGUGUAAGUGAGUUUAUCAGCUUUAUAACAUCUGAAGCAAGUGAAAGAUGCCAUCAGGAGAAACGGAAGACAAUCAAUGGAGAGGAUAUUCUCUUUGCUAUGUCUACCCUAGGCUUUGACAGUUAUGUGGAACCUCUGAAAUUAUACCUUCAGAAAUUCAGAGAAGCUAUGAAAGGAGAGAAAGGAAUUGGUGGAGCAGUCACAGCUACAGAUGGACUAAGUGAAGAGCUUACGGAGGAGGCAUUUACUAACCAGUUACCAGCUGGCUUAAUAACUGCAGAUGGUCAACAACAAAAUGUUAUGGUUUACACAACAUCGUAUCAACAGAUUUCUGGUGUUCAGCAAAUUCAGUUUUCAUGAUCUGAAGAAUGAUGGAAUGGGGAAUGUACAGAAGCGAGAGUCUGUAUGAUUAUGGAACAGAGACAUUAGAAGGAAAUGAAUGGUGAAAAGAUGUCUCUUUGUAUAUUAAAUAACUGUAAUGUAGCUUCCUGAUGCUUGACUAAUUGAGGUGUUAAUUCUGACUUGAGAAUCUUUUUCAUGAAUGAUUUUAAAGAAAAUUUUCGAUUUUAAAGGUAUUAAAAUAUUUUUGUUUUGUACAAGAGUUUGUUGCUCUGUAUGACUCCUGUAUGCAUUGUAUAUUGCAAUUUAUUACUGUCAGAGAUUUGUAGACAGUUUCUUAUUUUCAUAUUGAAUCAUGUUACUUUUGUAAUUCAAGUAAGCAGCUGGGUUAAUUCAUGAUGUUUGCCCUUUUAAUAAAAUAUAAGGGUAGAGUUCAUUUUGAAUGCAAGUUGCCUUUAUUAUAAAUUUAAGUUUGUCUUGGUUAUAUAAUCUUGCAUGAUAACCUAGCUAGAUUUUUAGCAUUUGCCGUAUUUAUUAAAAUUAAUUUUUUUGGUAAAAUAUUCACAGCUUAAGCAGCACCAUUUUUUAAAAAAAUGUAAAUGAAUAAUUGUGAAUGCAGAAGCACAUAUUAUCUGCCCUAUUAAACUUGGUGCCCAUUAACAGUGUUUACACUGUUCAUUGUGCCUGUUAACGUAAUUUUAGUUAUUGGAGCUUUUACAUUAUUAGGAGUGUUGGAAUUCAUUUAAGUUUAAUGUAGUCCUAGUGCUCUUGAAAUGGUGCCCCUUUCAUUUGGUAUAUGAUUUUUUCAAAGCAUAUCUUCAAGCACUAUAGUAUCCUCUUCCGGAAGAGAAAUUUUAUAGUCUAAUGGCAAAUGUCCUCAUUUUACCUUUUUAAUUGAAAUGCCAAGUUUCCUGUUAUACUAUGAGAACCAAGAAAUGUUGGACAUCAUUGUGUGUACAGACCUUUUUCACGGGUGAGUGAAUGAAAUAGAGAAUAGAGUGAGUGCUGUGAAUGGUCUUAAAUAGAAGUUGCCAACUUCUAGCGUGCUGUCUUGAUCUUUGCAAUAAACUAAACUUAGAUAAUGUAACUGUAUAAUUUAGUGGUAUGUACUCGGGUUGUUCCUUUUUUAAAGUGAGGAUUUGUAUUUUCUCAUCUAUUCUUUUUGGUGAUAAUUAACUUGAGCGCUUAAAAAAUUUUUUUAAUAUCAAAAAUUGCUAUUGUAUAGUUUUGCCUAAAGGGAAGUUUGAGUGAACAUCAUCUUUGAAGGACACUCAAAUUUAUAAGGUAGAAGCAAGUUCCCAGAUAACAGGCUGAACAGAAGCAUUUAUGUUGCCAGAAAGAGCCUUUGGGGACACAUUUGGACUAAUCUGAAGUCAAUAAUUCCCUCACCCCCAUACCCCAUUUAACAAAUAACCUUCAUUAUUGAAAAUUAAAAUAGGAAAAAGGGGAAGGGGGGUUAAGCAAAAACAACUAUCAUUCUACUAUGUUGAAAUAACUAAUGUUAAUAUUUUGAUAAAUAUCAUUUGUCCUUUUACUUUGCCAGAUAUGUAUAUUUUUAUAAAAAUGGGCUCAUAUUGUACAUACUGUUUUGUAACCUGCUUUUUUCACUUAACAAUAUAUUGUGAACAUCUUUCCUAGGUCAUGCAUAGUCUUCUGUAUCAUUUUUAUUGGUUUAUUAUUCUGCUGUAUGACUGAACCAUAAUUUAUUUAAUUCCCUAUUGGAUAUUUUGACUAUUUACAUCUUUUCACAGUUAUAAACAACACUUCACUGAA